AGAUCACGAUGCUGCGAGAAUGACAAAGAAAUUGAGGAUCGUAUUUGGCGUUCUGGGUGAGAUCUUCGGCGGGCGCAACUACAUUCCCUCUGAUCGAAAGGGUUUUUUUUCUUUUGUCUCCACAGGCAACAUCACUACGAUUCUCUCCAGUUUAGCCCCAAUACCCACAUUCUACCGGAUUUACAAGAGGAAGGACACUGAGAAUUUCUCAGUGCUCCCAUAUAUAACCACGAUCUUGUGCAAUUUAUUCUGGGCUUGGUAUGCAUUGCCAUUCAUCACGAGCCAGAACCUUCUCCUCUUUAUUAUCAGUGCGAUUCAGGUGGUGUUGCAAUCCAUCUACGUUAUCAUGUUCUUCAUUUACGCUCCACCUGAAAGAAAGUCGAGGACAACAGUAAUGGUUGUCACGACCGUCAUCCUCUUCGCCAUGGAUAUAAUUAUAACAAUGGCAUUUCUUCGGCAGAGCAAGAGAGAAACUUUUGCCGGCGUGAUUGCCACUAUUUCUUCCAUUCUGGCUUAUGCCGCUCCCUUGUCUAUCAUGGGCCUUGUAAUCAGAACCAGGAGCGUCGAAUACAUGCCGUUCCUCCUCUCCCUGGCCAUCUUUUGCAGCGGUUUUACGUGGACUGUCUAUGGUAUACUUGGACCCGACAUCUUUGUCAUUGUAAGUAGAUACACGUUGUUUUGCUUUCCACGGUGCCUCAAUAAUGGAACUGGCCUUUCUUUUCUUUAUCGUACUCUGCAGAUAUCGGAUGGGCUUGGCUUCCUGCUCUCCACGCUGCAGCUCAUUCUGUACGCAGUGUAUUAUCGCCCCCCUGUGCAACAAGUGGCUUACGGGAGCGUCAAGAACUUGCCCGAGGAGCUGGAAUCGGACCAACACCUGGUGGCCAGCUCCACACAGGCGGACGAGAUCGAGCUGGAAAAGAGGUGGCACACUCGAAGCGAAGGCGGCCAAAACUCCAACCAAGGAGCGUCUCCUCCUGUUCCUCCUCCAUCUCGGCCCUUGGAAUCCAUCAAGCUAUCGCAGUCCGUCGUCCUGUACGACGACCCUCGGCUUCCGAACUAAGAAAGCAAAAGAGAAAACAGAGAACGAGACGCAGAGUGUCGGACAAGCAAGCAUGGAAAGGACUGGACAGUUUCCAUCGGGACAGAGCGAAGAGAUAAGCAAACGCUACGGUCUUGCGGGGACAGAAACGAGAAAAGACUCUGUUACGAGCCGGCUCGUCUCUUGCAACUGAAACGACAGUGCACAAGCCUUUCGAUUCUUUCUUCCGUCUGUCCGUCCAGGCCGUGAAUGACAGACUGAUCAGUGAGGUAUUUCUCUUUUCAUCUUUUCCUUCCAGGACUACUCGAGCGGGGCAUCCAUUUUCUAUCCUCCCUUGCAUUAUGUGGGGUGGCGUGCUGUUUGUGGUCAUUUCUCCGGAAAGGAAAGGCUGGAUGGAGAUUUGUGACAAAGCGAAGUCGACGCGAAAUUUUUUUCAAACUUCGAUGGUCCUUGAAUGGGAAGUGGUGGAUGAUUCUUUUUCCGCUGCAAUGACUUUUCCUGAUUUGAUAAUUUGGUGCGCUGUUCAAAUCACAGCGGCCUCCGUUCCAGUAAAAAUCUCUAUUGUGGUGUUUUUUCUUUCUAGUCAAGGAAAUCCCGCUGCUCCUUUUGUA